AUGGUCUCUUUCUCAUGCGAAGGGUGCGGCGACGUCCUCACCAAGAAAAAACUCGACCCCCACCGCGGCCAAUGCCGCGGCGCGUCUUUCACCUGUAUUGAUUGCAUGGUUCACUUCUGGGGUACUGAAUAUCGAUCACACACGAGCUGUAUGACCGAGGACCAGAAGUACCAGGGUGCCCUCUACAAAGAGAAGCCUGGCAAGGGACAAAAGGGCAAGGGCCAAAACAACCAAAACACCCCCAAGCAGAAUGCGAAGUCGAAUCCCAACGCGCGCAACCAGCAACCCCGAGUCGACGAUGCUACUUCUGACGGAGAAAUCAUCAAGGCCAACAUCCCGCCUCCUCCUGCUCCCACUCCCCCUCCCACCAGUGACAAGAAGCCCACGCCGGCUGUGGUGAAGAACAAUGACCCGCCUGUCAACGUUUUCGACUACCUCGUGACAGAGGACACACCCAACGCAUCGAAGGUAUCUUUAGCCCCCAAGGAACAAAUGUCCAUGAACCCCCACGCCCCAUCUGUCUUCGAGGCUAGCAAGGCCCUCGCGCGACUAGACCCGAAGACGGAUGACGAAGGCAACUACGAUAUCGCAUACGAAGAAAACGGUUUCUCUUACGGCGCUGACCCUAUUCCGCCGCCCAAGUUUCCCACCGCGGCCAAUGCCUCCAUGGAAUUCGUCACCCCCGCGCCCAAGAAGAAGAAGGAUCGACGUGAGAAGAAGGAACGUGCCCCUGGUAGCGCGAGCGAGAAGAAGCGCAAGCGCGGCCAAGGCGAUGAACUCAGCAGCCCUCAACAGGAUAUCGACACCCCAAUGAUGGAUGCCCCGUCCAGCGUGGUCAACAAUGCUGGCACUCCCGUGUUGGCUCACUCCGGUUUGACCGGCGGUCUGAACCGCAUGAUGCGCUCGCCUUCCCACGAUAUCGACGAGACUCCCGAGCACGGCCGCUCCGCCUAUCAGGAUACCUCCUCCCCAAUCAAACGUACCCGCCGUAACGGCAAGGAGCUCAAUGGCGGAGGUGACCCUGGCUUGGGUAUCACAAUCAAAAACCGCGCCGAGCGUCUUGUCUCUUCUAUGUUCGGCGGCACUGGCUCCGUUGUUUCCAACGGCAGCAGAGACAGCCACGAUAACUCCCGCGCCUUAGUCCGUACCCGUCGCGGCAGCUCCUCCAGUGCCGACGGCCAACUGGAAGUGCGCAAGAAGAAGUCCCACCGCUCGCGCAACGUUUCAGACUCCCACGCUGAGCGCAAGUCUAAGCGUAAAAGCAGCAACCCCACUGACGGUGAUCGUCCCUCUCGCCGACAGAAGCAGAUUGACGAGCGCCGGCGCUCAGAUUCUCAAUCCCCCCCGUCCGAGGAUGUUCUUCAGCGCGAAAUGGCCACCCACUUCCUUUCUCUCGUGUCUCGGGACAGCGAGCGUGGCUGUUCCUUUAACAAAGCCCUGAAACGGUUCCACCGCGAUUUCGCCGACGAACAAGAGGAUCAUGGCCGGGACUCCCGUGAGCGCCGCGGCGAAGACGAGAAGGAUCUGUGGCGCGGUCUGCGACUGCGUCGCAAUGACCGGGGUGAAAUUGUCGUAUUUGCGUAA